ACUCAGCUAAGCGCGUGACGAGAAUCGACAAAAAUUUAAAUUAAAUCAAAUAAAUUCAAAUUCAAAUAAAAUACCAUUGAAAUAAAUUGAAAAUAAAUAUAGACGAAUAAAAGUUGUAUUACACGAAAAGUGUUGAAUAGCGACGCGUGGAAAAGCCAGAGGAAAACAAAAAGAAAAAGCGCCGUGCGAAAAUGUGCCUUCGCCUGAUGAGGUCGUCAGCUAUUUUGUUGCUAUUGCAUUUCCUCUGCUGUAUAUCACAAGGCGCGGCCAUCAAAUGUUUUGUCUGCGACUCGAGCGACAAUCCCAGCUGUGCGGAUCUCAAGUCGAACUCGAGCAUUGUGCCUGAGGAAUGCACAUUGGACAAAAUGAAAUCUCUGGACACCUGGCUAUUCGAUUUGAACAAGUUCUCGUAUUUCGAUAAUGGGGCCAACAAGCAUCCGCUGAUGAAUUGCCAAAAGGUGGUGGCCACAGACCCUGAUACCAACAAGCUGGUCACGGCACGCUUCUGUCAGCUGGACACUGGGGACUCGGAUGCGUGCGAUAUAUUGCGCUCCAAGCUGCGCAUCACCAGCGACGGCAGCGGCAGCCAGCGGCAGCGACGCCGCGAGCGGGACCAACAGCAGCAGCAGCAGCAGCAGCGGCGCAAAGGAUAUGGCCAGGAUGCCGGCGAGCAGUCGCCCGAGGAGGAGUUCUUUUGUGACAUCUGCAAGACGGAUCGCUGCAAUGGGGCGGCCGCUGUGACGCUGACGUCGGCGUCGCUGCUGGCGUUGGGGCUGCUGCUGACACGCCCACUGAGCGGCUGCUGAAGCGUUGAAUGGUUUGCUGGCGGGCGGCGGACGGGCGGCGGUUGCAUUUAGGUUGAGUUAACGUUAACCUUUAUCGUUUACUUUGUAAAUAUUCGAGUGGCCAUCGAGCGACAUUGUUGAGUUUGUAAAAGAACAAAAAAAAACCAAAAAAAAAAAAAAAACACGCUAUAAGUCUACCCCCAAGCCCCAAGUGCCCCCAGGCCAACCCACCACAGCCCACACCGACCACCCUUAAGGCCGCCAAGGCCCUAGACAUGUAAGUGACAGCACACACAGAUACAAAAUACAAAUACUGACACAUACAGAUACAGAUACACAGAUACAGAUACACUCCCGCAGUGGCAAUCGCUUUGAGUCCUAAGCAAAUAUGCGAAUUUCAAUUAACAGCUAGCAAAUGGCCAAAGGAGAACACAAAAUUUAUGUGUCUUAUAUCAAGGAUUUUCAAUUCAAUUUGUUCGAUUGCGAGCACAGUGUGCACAGUGUACUUGUUUAUGCAAACAGCUUAACAUUUACAGUGCUGCCACCUAGCAGGAAACUGCACAGAUAUGGCAACACCAAACAGUAUACAAUUAACAUGAACUUUGCCAGGCAGUUGUUGAAUGGCUUUAUGGCUUUAUUGAGUUGUAAUUGAUUUGCUUUGAGCAAAUGCCUGAUGAGCUGAAUGUUGUGUAUAAAUUCACCAAAUGCCUUUAAUUUUCUAUUGUUCACAUUGCAAUGUUGAAUAUAUAUAUAUGAUCGAACAAUUAUAUUUAUAUAUAUAUGAGUACUUAUGAUGCCAUGAAGUAACUCUGAGUUAGUUUAGGUUUAACCGCUAUUAUUGAAAAAUCACAAAACAUUAUCUUCUUUUUUUGGCUUUUAAAUAUUUCUUUACUCUUGCCUUCAGGUUAUUUCAUGGUACAUUAUAUUUAUAUCGAAUGAAUGUGUAUUUCUAGGUAGACACAACUUAAAUAGUUGCAUUAUUGUUGCAAAACUCAUUACAAAAAAACAAAAAGAAAAUCGAAAAAAAAAUAUUUACAUAUAUUAAAAAAGGAAUGAAAUGUCAACUCAAUGAAUUCAUUUAAACUUAUAAACAACACGUUUUAUAUUACAAAUAUUUAUGCAAAAAAAAAAACCUUUAAAGAAUACGCUAGCAGUGUUUAAAUGUUUCAACAAAUGCGAACGCCUUAAGCAAUAACCUUAUAUAUAUUAGAAUUAAAAUGUAUUUAUACUAUGAUUUUCGAAACACGCAAAAACAAUCAGCAAAAGUGU